AUGCGUUGUAUCUGUUUCAAACGUGGAUUUCGGAACCAGCUCCAUUUCGGCUGGCUGCAGCGUAAAGAGAGCGAGGCGUACUACCGAAACCUGUCUUACCAAAGGAAACACGGGGUGAUAGGUGACGUGAACUUGUCCUCCGAAGAACCGAUCGCGGUUUUCCAAAAGGAUGAGAAGACAAAGCAAUUGAUAAAACAUGCGAUAUUGAACAACAAGUUUUUCGAGGACCUCGACGAGGCACGUAUUGAAAAGCUGAUGUCUGUGAUGUAUCCAAAACGCUUGAAACCCGACACGCGAAUUAUUCAUGAAGGUGAAGCAGGAUCGCAUAUGUACAUAUCCGAGGAGGGGACGUUCGAGAUUUACGUGGGGACUACGUAUCACGGGAGCUUUGGACCUGGCAUAGCUUUUGGAGAGUUGGCCUUAUUGUACAAUACCAAGAGACUCUGUUCUAUCGACGUAAGCACAAACGGGCUAGUGUGGGUACUCGAAAGACAAGCGUUCAAAGCGAUCAUGGAAAAAAGCAACGAAGAAACGGUUGAACAUAAUCUGAAGCUUCUACGAGGUAUCGAAGUAUUCAAGGAUCUAUCGGAGGAGGUUCUCUUGAAGAUAUCUGAUUUGAUAAUGGUGGAAUUUUAUCCGGCGAACUCGUACGUCAUACGGGCAGGGGAUAAACAAAAAAAGUUUUAUAUCAUAAGCGGUGGCCGAGCGAAAGUCACUUUGAACAAACAGAGCGGAACGGAAGAAGAGAUAGCAAUCCUCGAGAAGGGUGAAUACUUCGAUGCUGAAACGCUGCGCAAUGCUGCGGAAUCUCAACGAAAGACGAACAUCGUCUCGAUGGCUCCCGGUGUAGAAUGUUACACCAUAGAAAAAUCAAAAAUUAUGGAUUAUCUGGGAGGAUUGGAGUCGAUCAAGAACAGGACAUGGGGUGGUCAUGAAAAAUCAGUUCUCCCGGACAAAUGGGAUGAAAAAUUUAUCAAUUUGACUUUAAAUGAUUUGGAAAGUGAGGGAACGAUCGGUACCGGUGGUUACGGCCGAGUCGAAUUGGUUCUGACGAAAUCAAUGGCUAAUGUUAGCUUUGCCAGAAAGAAAGUGAAAAAACACACGAUAACAGUGAAUGGUUUACAAAAAAUGAUUUACGAUGAGAAGAAUAACUUGAAACUGUGUAAUUCACCAUUCAUUGUCAAAUUGCACAGAACGUUCAAAGACAAGAGAUAUCUCUAUUUCUUAUUGGAAGCGUGUUUAGGUGGAGAUUUAAGAACGGCUUUGUACAGAAACGGUCGAUUCGAUAAUUCCACUGCUCGAUUCGUCACCGCCUGUAUCGUCGAAGGAUUACACCACAUCCAUUCUAUGGGCAUUGUUUACAGAGAUCUAAAGCCUGAAAACAUCGUGAUCGAUGCUCGAGGCUACGCCAAGCUUACCGACUUUGGAUCGAGUAAACGAAUCGGAGCAUACAAGACGAAAACAUUCAUAGGCACACCAGAAUACUUAGCUCCAGAAAUAAUUCAAAGUAAACCUUAUAAUCAGGCUGUAGAUUUAUGGGCACUCGGAAUUGUCACGUACGAAAUCUUACUUCAGCGAACGCCCUUUGAAGAUGCAUCCGAUAUGGACACGUAUGAAAAAAUUAUUCGCGGCUUCGACGAUUCAUAUUUUCCGCCUACUAUAAAAAGCUCAGCCAAGAAUUUCAUUAAGUCCCUGUUGCAAAGUAAUCCACUCGAUAGACUCGGUUAUUUACGACGUGGUAUCACUGAUAUUCGCACUCACAGAUGGUUUAAUCAUUUUAACUGGCAAGAGUUGCAAGCUCAAAAGAUGAAUUCUCCCAUUGUGCCGAAGAUAAGAAAUCAUCUCGAUGUGAGAAAUUUCGAUACGUAUCCAUCUGACUAUCAAGCAGUGCCCGUUGAUUCUUCCGACUGGGACGCGAACUUUUAAAGAUUCCCGUUGUAUACUA